AUGCUUAUGAGUAAAGUGAUAUUUAUCUGGACAAGCUGUUGCGCGUUUCUGUUCUUGUUGAUUUUAAAACUUGAUGAAAUCGUUUACUGGAAUUGGUUCAUCAUAUUCAUACCAAUGUGGUCUUUUGAUUUUAUGUUAUUCAUUACCUCAAUACUAUAUAUGUCACGAAAAUUUACCCAUAUAAUUGGUCAACAUAACGUUGAAGGUAGAUUUAAUCAGACUCUGACAUUGAGUUUUAUCUUAUGGAAGUUAACUGCACAGGUUAUUCUCUGCCUAUCCCUGGAAGGCUAUUUAACCACUUUGUUAGACAGCUUUUCUCAGUCGAACGUUAUUAACCAGACUACAACUAGCAAUCAAACCGGUAAUUCAACCGCCGUUAAAACCCGUCUGGUUUAUGCAGUAUUUCCUAUAUGGACUACAAUGGUUGUAUGUUUAUUAAUAGUGUGCACUCAAAUCGUAAAUCCACGUUUAACUGGAAUUUGGUCAUUUUGUUCAAAUAAUCAACCAUUUGAUGGCCAUCCUGAAAGACGAAAACAAUAA